GCGUCGCGCUUUUCAAACGGUAAAUUUGCCUGGUCAGAAAAAAAAAAGUUUCAGACUUUUGUGGUUUUUUGUGAUUUGGUUUGAUUUCGCUUGGUAAGAUUAAGAUGUUCAAUGCACGUGCUUAUGGCGUGGGCCUUUCGGCCCAGGAUGACCUGCAAUUGGCUCGCAAUUUGGUGGAUCUGCAGGAGGAGCUGUCCUCCAUGUUGGAUAUCAAUGAAAAUGCUCCUUUGGCUUCGGAGGACUCAGAAAAUGAGGGAGUCUGCAGCGCCAGCUCCUCGUCGGGCGUUCUGUCGGAGAUUCAAAACAAUUUCCGGGGCCUGCGAUUGGACAACAAUGCGCCACGCUUCGAGUUCCACGGCUUGAAUUGCGUGCAGCAGCUCUACAAGCGCUCCCGCCACUCGGGAUGCGGUGGCUCCACGGCCAAGAAGUCCCGCUCCGGCUGCCCCGCCCUGUUCUUCGUCUCCGGUCCGAAGCAGGAGCAGCUGCAGAAGGAGAACAUGUGGAACCAGCGGCGCCGCGAGGAGGUGAACAACUUCGCCCAGCCCAUAACCAUCGAAAAACUGCGCUCGAUCGGUCUGCACGGCGAUUGCUUGGAGCACAAUGCCGUGGUGCGCGUGUUGAAUCUGUUCAGGUCCCUGCAUGAUCACCUGACCGCCGAUCUGGGCUUUUCGCGCCAAAACUCCAUGCCCUCGGACUAUCUGUUCGCCAUGCCCGUGAAGAACACGAUGCCCAAGAGCCUGAAUGUGCGCUACCAACUGCAGGUGCUCUGCACCAAGGUGGAGCGCUUCCUGGCUCAACAGCGUCGCACCCUGGAGACGAAUCGCCACUUUGAUUUCGAGAAGUACAGCGAGUGCGAUAAGUUGCUCAAGGGAUCGACCUCCUAUUUGCAGUCGUUCAAGCAGUUUCUGACCACCGAAAUGCGCCAUCGCAAUGGAAACUUUAUCAACAAUUCGGCCAAGGCUAAUGUACAGCGCCUGGAGAGUCUGCUGAUGGGCCUGCGCGAAUGGCUGAAGGCCACCCAUCUCAGUGUGCAUGUGUUCAACUGGGAAAUGGACCUGGACCAUCGCUAUUCGGCGGCCAUGACUGAUAGCCACCGGGCUUUAAAAGAGCGAGCCAUCCUUUUGGCCGGUGCCGAGCUUGAGGCAGCCAAACCACGCAGCCUCACCGACGAGGAGAAGUACAUCGCGCAUCACUAUAAGCUGGAGAAUGCGGUGAACUGUGCCAUCGAGCAGGACGAGUUCCUCACCGCUUUGCUGGCCCAUCCGGAGAACUACUUUCCGCCCAAUGUGAUGGCCAUUUGCGGACCCAAGUUCGCAGAGGUUGAAGAGCAGCCCUCUGACUGGAUGGAGGAGUAUGAACUUGAAGAGGAGGCGCCAUCAUCGCCGCCACGACUCCAAGAGCGUGAAUUUUUUCGCUUCCGAAGCUAAGCUGGAUGUGUCAGAAUCAAAAAAAGUAUCAAAUCAAAUUGGUAAUUUAAAAAACUACCAAUUUCCAGGUACAUAUAUUUAUUUUUAACCUGAUAAAUACUUUUAUCAAUUACUUUACGCAUCCCAAAGGCAUAUCUAUAAUCGAAAGACUC